AUGGAUUUACUUGAUUUAACUCAAUUUUAUCCUCAACGGAAUACAUCAGUUGGCUCAUUUGAUAUAAUCGAUAUGACAGAUGAUGAGAAGAAAUUAGCUGAACAAUACAUUCAAAGUAAUGGAGUACAUGGAUUGGAUAAUUAUUUGUCACGACGUUUAGAUGUUUGGAAAGAUCAACCGUUAGACAUUGCCGUUGUCGGUUCAAGUGGAGUGGGUAAAUCAACGUUCAUAAAUACAAUGCGAAAUUUGAUGCCCGAAGAUCCCGGUGCUGCAGACGUCGGUGUAGUCGAAACGACAUUGCAGCCAACACCUUAUCAACAUUCAGAAUAUGAACAGUUAAAAUUCUGGGAUCUGCCAGGCAUAGGAACACCAAAUUAUCCAAAAGAACUGUAUCUUGAACGUGUACAAUUUCAAAAAUAUGAUUUUUUUCUAAUUAUAUCCCGAACACGUUUUACUGAAAAUGAUUUGUGGCUAGCAUCUGAAGUGAAAAAACAUAAUAAACGUUUUAUAUUUAUACGAACAAAUGUCGAUGCUGAUUUAAUGAAUGAAUAUAAUGAUUAUCCAAACAAAUAUAAUGAAGAAGAAAUAUUAGAGAGAUUACGUAAUAAUUGUCUAAAUUAUGUUCGAACAGUAGAUGCAAAUGCAGAUGUUUAUUUGGUUAGUGGUCAUUUACGAAAUCGUUUACUUUAUGAUUUUGGACGAUUGAAUGAAACAAUUAUACGUGAUUAUCCAACAUUGAAACAAGAAAGUAUGAUACUUUCUAUGACUGUUAGUUGUAAAGAAGUAUUACUAGCAAAAAUAAUUCAAUUAAAGUCUCGUAUUUGGUUAGUGGCUGGUGCUUCAGCAGCUGUCGCUUCAAUUCCUGUUCCAUUUUUAUCACUUGGUUUUGAUGCGACAAUUAUUAUAAAAGAAGUCGAAUUUUACAGACAACAAUUGGGUUUAGAUCGUGCUGCUUUAGAAAAAUUAGCUCAAGUUCAUCGUUUAUCUAUUGAAAAAAUAGAAAAAGAACUUAGUGAAGUAUUUCCAUUACAACAUUUAACAGCAUUGAGAAAGUUUGUUCUUGAUUUUUGCAAGAAAGAAGCAAUUGGUGCUACUACAGAAGAAUUUGCACGUUUUGUACCUUAUGUAGGAACCAUGAUUGCAUCAGGGAUUUCAUUUGGAGUCUGCUUUUUGGUAUUAACUAAAAUACUUGCACGUAUGGAACAAGCAGCGUUGAAAAUUAUUGACAUUACUAUGGAAGCAUCCAAUAUGGCUGUUCAACAGCAACUGAAACAAUUUAGCUUAGACUAG